GGCGUGCGGGCUUGGAAGGGAGGGUCAGAGGUCGCCGGGCCAGAAUGUGUUCCCGUGUUGCUAUGUAGUGUAGAGGCGCGUUCUCUCCUGGAAGGUUCUUGAGUUCAAUUAGGACAGUGGCUGCGGAAUCCCUGGUCUCCGGCCUGAGUUGCCCGCUGGCCGAGCGGAGGCGCCGAGGGCGCUGCCAUGUUUGGCUGCCUGGUGGCGGGGAGGCUGGUGCAAACAGCUGCACAGCAAGUGGCAGAGGAUAAAUUUGUUUUUGACUUGCCUGAUUAUGAAAAUAUCAACCAUGUCGUGGUUUUUAUGCUGGGAACAAUCCCAUUUCCUGAGGGGAUGGGAGGAUCUGUCUACUUUUCCUAUCCUGACUCAAAUGGGGUGCCAGUGUGGCAGCUCCUAGGAUUUGUCACGAAUGGGAAGCCAAGUGCCAUCUUCAAAAUAUCAGGUCUUAAAUCUGGAGAAGGAAGCCAGCACCCGUUUGGAGCCAUGAAUAUUGUGCGAACCCCGUCUGUUGCUCAGAUUGGAAUUUCGGUGGAAUUGUUGGACAGUCUGGCUCAGCAGACUCCUGUAGGCAGUGCUGCUGUGUCCUCUGUGGACUCAUUCACGCAGUUCACACAGAAGAUGUUGGACAACUUCUACAAUUUUGCUUCAUCAUUUGCUGUCUCUCAGGCUCAGAUGACACCAAAUCCAUCUGAAAUGUUUAUCCCAGCAAACGUGGUUCUGAAAUGGUAUGAAAACUUUCAAAGACGAUUAGCACAGAACCCUCUCUUUUGGAAAACAUAAUUUGAAUAAAAUAAUUUGUCAUGUCCUGUAAAAGCACGAAGUCAAAGGGUCAUGAAGCCUACCUUUCAAAACUGCUUAGUGACUAUGAAACUUACUCUAAACCCUUAUAAAAAUUAGAAACACUGAACAAGGAAAAUGUUCAAUAUUAAUUACCUUUUCCCUUAUAAGUAUGAAAUACUUCUCGGAGACAAACAUUUUGUAUUGGCUAUCAUUUAUUUCUUAAAAUAAAUCCUAUUUACAGUAGUAGUAUUUGAAAUAAGCAUGUAUAACUUUUUGUUUAUUCUCACAGUACUUUGCUGGAAUAGUAAAUGUUGUUUGUUGUUUGGUUUUAAGAGUCUCAUGUGGCCCGCGACAGCCAGUAAUUCAUUAUGUAGCUAAGUGCUGUAAUUGCAGGCUUGAUCCACCAUGUCCUGCUUAGAGUAGUUAACGUUAAGUCUAAUAUUUCAUAAUUGGGAAACUUUUGAAACACAUGUCAAAAUGUGUUUUAAGAUGGCAAAAUUAGCCAGGCGUGGUGGCGCAUACCUGUAAUCCCAGCACUCAGAGAGGCAGAAGCAGGUGGAUCUCUGUGACUUUGAGGCUAUCCUGGUCUACAAAGCAAGUCCAGGACAGCCAAGGCUACACAGAGAAGCCCUGUCUUGAACCCCCCCCCCAAAAAAAAAAAAAAAAAAGAAUGUUUAAAAAAAUGGCAAAAUUAUCUUCAGAGAGUUUUUCUUUUCUUUCCUCUUUUUUGGGGGAUGGUGGUAUUGGUUUUGAGACAGGCUCUCAUGUGGCCCAGGCUAGUCUCAAACUCCCUCUGUAGCUAAGAAUGUCCUUGUCCUGAUGCUGAGCCCCUGUCUCCUGAGUGUUGGCAUUACAGGAUAUGCCACCACACUUGGUUUCAGGGAGUAUUUCUUAAGAUUAGCAAGUUUGUUGUUUUUCAAUCAAGAAAGGUUGGUUGUGAGUUUUUAUAUCUGCAGAUUGAUAUACUUUAAUAAAAUUUCUAUGUUAAAUACCAGUGAACUUUUAUUGAACACUGUUUAUGUUAGUUAGCAGUUGUGUAUAGAAUGUAGAAUGUAUAGCCUCAGUACCUUUGCAUAUGAAGACAAAGCUUUUUGUCUCAUUUAAAAAGGACUCAUACUGGUGAAGCAUAUUGGCUGAAGACCGCCAAGAUCUCAUCUGUAUUCGAAGCUGACCCAAUCGAGGAGUAUAUACAGCAGAGGAGCCACAGGGCCCCUAUUAGGAAGAGAACUUAACAGUUUGGGGAGCUUUGAGUUAAUGUUUUGCCAGAUAAUUUUAAAAAGUUGGAAAAUAUGUCACUGAUGGUACAGUGUCCUUUGUUUACAAAAGGAGUAAUAUUAAAGUGAUCUGAAGAGAAA